UAAUAUUUUGCUGGUACACGUACAGAUAAAUUCUUAAAUUAAAGUUUUACUUGAAAUAAUAUUAAUAACAUAAUUAGAUACUAUCCAUAUUGAUUAAAACGAAUACAAACAAAAAUGCAAGGACCAGCUGUUUUUAUGGACAUUUCGCUUGAAGAUCAAGCACAAGAAUUAAGGAAAUAUUUUAAAAGUCUUGGAGCUGAGAUAUCAGAGGAGAAGUCUCCGAAAGGUAUUGAAGAUGAUUUACAUAAGAUAGUUGGAGUGUGUGACGUGUGCUUCAAAGAGAACAAUGAAGCAGACAUUGAAGCUAUACUCAACAGUAUUGUCUCCAUAAUGGUUUCAAUUCCAUUGGAAAGAGGAGAAAACCUUAUCUUGGCUUUUAGCCAAAGGCUCACCAAAGCACCUGGCCCUAAACUUGGCAUGGUUGCUUUACAAUCAUUGUGGAGAUUAUACAACAACUUAGAAUCUAAUUCUCCACUGAGGUAUCAUGUGUACUAUCAUGUGAUAGAGCUUGCAGCCCGCGUUGGUUCUGUGGGUGAAGUGUUCAAGGGAGUAGAUCAGUUGAAAAGAGAGUUUGCUACAUGCCCACCCUCCAAUGAGCAAAUGCAAAAACUAUACAGAUUGUUACAUCAAGUGUUAAAAGAUCAAAAUAGUGAACUUGCAUCAAAAGUGAUGAUUGAAUUACUCGGCACAUACACUGAUGAGAAUGCAUCAUAUGCAAGAGAGGAUGCCAUUAAGUGCAUUGUGACAGCCCUGGCCGACCCCAACACAUUCCUUCUAGACCCUCUGUUGGCUCUGAAACCUGUGCGUUUCUUAGAGGGAGAGUUAAUUUAUGACUUGUUAACUAUAUUUGUUUCUGAAAAGUUGUCAAGUUAUCAAACCUUUUACAAUAAUCACAAGGAAUUUGUACAUUCUCAAGGUUUGAACCAUGAACAAAAUAUAAAGAAGAUGAGAAUAUUAUCCUUCAUGCAGAUGGCAGAAUCUAAUCCAGAAAUUACAUUUGAUGAGAUAAUCUCUGAACUUCAAAUUGAAGAGAAGAAUGUAGAGGCUUUUAUAAUUGAAGUGUUGAAGACCCGGCUAGUGCGAGCGCGCAUGGACCAAGCGGGCCGCUGCGUGCGCGUGUCGAGCACGAUGCACCGCACGUUCGGGCGCGCGCAGUGGGCGCAGCUGCGCGACGUGCUGCUGGCGUGGCGCGCCAACGUGAACAACGCGCACGAGUCCAUGAAGUCCGUGGCCGCCGCGCAGAUCGAGUACAACGUGCAGAAGCCUUGAGCUCAUACAGCCUAGUUUGUUAAGCGUCGGAGUAGCUGUUUCCGGGGGUCUUUUUGUGAAUUAUUUUACAAAGAGAAAACAGUUGAAAAUUUAUUUAUACUUUAUUGUAUAACACAACUAAGAACAUGAUGCACGCUAAAUAUAUUUUAAGAUAGUUACAGACAGUUAAAUUUUUAAGCGAUUUUAAAUCCAGUUAAAAAAUACCAGUUACAAAUAUGUUAUGUAUUUUGAGUUUAAUACACUAUUUGUACCAUUGCAGGUAAAUGGCCACCAAUACCCCCCCCCCCCCGCAACUAGCUACUCCUAUGUUUAUAAUUUUGUAUUAUAUUUUAUCUUUCUUGAGAAUAAAGCGAUAUUGGUCUACUUA